GUCCCUGGUCACAUGCUCUGGGGGUGCGAGUGCGCCCUCAUAUAAAUGCGGCCCGGCGCAGAGACGCGCACUCUGGUGAUGUCCCCGCGGAGCCCGGUGCUGGCCGUGCUGCUGCUGCUGCUGCUGGCGGCACAGGUGACCGUGGCAACCGAGGAGACCCCGUGUGAACCAGGCCAGUAUGAGGUUACCAACCUCCGCCGCUGCAGCACACUCUGCCCCGCUGGCUACUACGUGAGCAAACCUGCAGAGCAGGGGCGCCGCGUCGGAGAGUGCACGGCGUGCGCGUCUGGAACCUUCAGGGCCCACCCCAGCGAGGAGGGCAGCUGCGAGCCCUGUGCCCAGUGCCGGGAGGAUCAGGAGGAGGUGACUGCAUGCUCCGCGACCAGCGACCGGCUGUGCCAGUGCCGGCAGGGCAGCUUCUACUGCGACUCCCCGCACUGCACGGAGAGCUGCUUCCGGUGCACAAGGUGUGCAGACAGUGCCAUCCUUCAACCCUGCAACGCCACCAGGAAUGCAGUUUGUGCUGUGAAAACUCAGCCAGGGGCAGAAUACCUAAGGGGGUGGUUGCUCCCUUUUGCCACAGUCCUUGUCAUCAGCGUCGCCAUCAUCAUUGGCGUCCUCAUCGUUUGCUGCUGUAGAGAAAGAGCUGCGAGGUUUAUCCAGUCAGCUGUCUGUUUCCCGAACCAAAAUCCGAGGGAGCCAGGCAGCCCUUCACCUAGAAGCAGCCAGCCCAUCGAGACGCAGAUGCCCAGAGACCUUGAGAGGGACCAGCUGGCCCCCAGCGUCCAGACCAGGCUGCUGAUGGAGGUGGAGGACUCAGGCCUGGCACCCCAGGCCAGGAACUGCCCGGGGCCCUCUGGGGACCCUGAGGAAAUCGAGCUGCAGCAGCUGGAGGCAGAAGAAAGAUCACAGCAGACUCCAGCUCCCCAGGCCCACAUGCCCCAGGGCUAGGCGUGUCCCCUCCCCUCCAGAGCCUGAAGCAGGAAUAUGAACAAACGUAUUUUCUGAAGGAUGUUUCCUGGGAUGGUAUAAAUCUUCCUUCUCGGGACUUCCCAGUGGAUAAGACUUCGUGCUCCCAGAUGGCCGGCUGGUGGCUAGUCUCGUUGCCGAGUUUCUUCAGUUUUUUAAUCUUGACUUUACCUUGGCUGUUUUUCAACCUG